AUGACGGCAAUAGACACUGAUGUGGCCGCUGUUGCGAAAAUGUUCGAUGUCAAUGUCUUCGGGGCCAUGCGUAUGGUGCACCACUUCCACGACAUGCUCAUUCAAUCUUCUGGCACAAUUGUCAGCAUUGGGUCAGUCGGUGGCAUAGUGCCCUACGUCUAUGGAUCCGCGUACAACGCCACGAAAGCCGCCCUUCAUCACUGGUCGAAUACACUGCGCGUUGAAAUGGAGCCACUCGGUGUCAAGGUCAUCACGAUCAUUUCUGGUAACAUCGGAACAAACAUACUCAAGUGCGACCAAGGCGUGGGAAGAGAGCUCCGAAAGGGAUCCUACUUUGCACCAUUGGCUCAGGAGUUCAAGGACCAUGUUAACAGAGUUCCUGACACGACAGAUCGUUUCGAGUACGCUUCCAAGGUCGUCCAACAAAGUCUGCGAUCUGCACCCCCAGCCUGGUUUUGGUACGGCAAGACGACUUGGAUAGUGCGUUUCCUUGAUACUUUCGCUUGGCGGAAGGUUUGGGACGGAUUCAUGUGGAAUAUGUUCAAUUUCCAAAAGCUACAGGCCGCACGUAAAUCGCUUUAG